GCAAUCAUGGCCGAAGUCGAGGAAACUCGUAUGUCCGAAGAACAUCGACGUAUUUUACGCAAAAAUCGGCAUAUUUUUGAACCAGAUCUACAAGCAAAACAGCUACUACCUUACUUGAGUAAAAUAUUAAACCCUGAAGACGAUGAAGACAUAAGAGCUGAGAAAACUCCGACAGAACAAGCAAGAAGUCUACUUGACAUAUUACCCAGAAAAGGGCCGACGGCAUUCGAGUGCUUUGUCAAUGGUUUAUGGAAGACUCAACCACAUUUAGCUAGCUUGCUUUCGAAAGAAGCAGGCCUAUCAGAACCUAGUGACUACAUCGCAACAGACAAUAAAAUCAUGUCUCAAGAAAUAAGGAAUAAACUGAGAAGCUCAGAAUUUAGAGAACAACUCAGACACGUUAACUUUAAACGUAUUCUAAAACUGAUGAGAGGCGUCCUCACAGGCCCUGAUUGUCARUUGAUAGAGUCACAGGCUACACAAGAUGCAAUGAUUGAUGAAUUCUUGUCCAUAUUACCUAAGAAAGGGAUGUCUGUCUAUAAUCAUUUUCUUAACGUUCUGGAGGAAUACAAGAGCAUCUAUGAGUUUCAGAAGGGGACCACCAGCCCAGAAGACAAACUAGAGAAAACACAUAAGAAACCAUUAACUCUUCAUCCUGAGUACCAGACCCCUGUCAGCCAGAUMAAAGACCACUUGGCAAAUUUUUAUGCCAUUACUAAUGAGAAUGCAAAUUGGAAAAAGCUGACCCAAGAAUUGCAGCUGCCGCAAAAAGACUACAUUGGAAWUCCCAAUCCAACUUACGCUGUCAUUGAAGACUGGACARCCCGAGAAGGAGAUAUGGCCAAUGUAUCAGUAUUAAAGCAAGUAUUACAACGACAGGGUUUGACUCAUAGCUUAAGCUGUCUGGAAAACGUCCUCUCRUCAAAUGGAGAUGCMACAGAUGCGCCAUCAAAGAUGACUGAUAUCAAUGAAGGAAUGCAGAAUCUUCAAGUUUCAAUUCCAGCUAAAGAAAUAAGCCCUGUACCUGUGCCUAAAAUGCUACAUGACUUAAACCCAGCCAUUGUACAAAAUCUCAAAGAACAAAUUAUAUUGGAAAUCARSCAAAACUCCAACCUAGAAASUAUCACUUUUGGUAAAGAGGACUGUCCAAUCCGUGAGAUCACCAGGCUCUUGAGAGAGAAAAAUUUAAAAGAAACAAUAAAAUGGAUGAAAGAAAACCUUCCUGGUGGCGUUACAGGACCUCUGCUAGCUGAUAAUAUGAAUGUAAGAGACAUGCCGUACAAAGUUAGAAGUAAACUGACUAUACAAUUAACAACAGGAGAUAAUUGGAAGUGUCUUGCUGGACGACUAGGAAUAGACAAUGCAACAAUGAAUUUCUUUAAUGAGCGAUUUAGAAAUCCUGCUGAUGAGGUWUURAAGCAUUGGGAAACAAAGAGAAAUAGCACGAUAGGGGAAUUUUAUAACAUUUUAGUUGAACUUGAAAUGCCAAAAAUUGCUGACAUCUUGUAGUCAGRUAAGAUCUGUCUCAAGAAUGAUCACAAAUUGAGCAUUAAUCAAACCAGGAAUUUACUAAAAGUAAGGUUUUACUAAUUAUGAUUUGACUUCUGUAAGUUCUUGAUAGUAUGAUUACAUUUAGAAUAGCUUCAGUACUAAAACAAGGUGUGUGUGAAGGCCUAUAUUCACAGUGACGUCGCAUUCUACUAAGACCAGAAUGCUUUGGCCACUUUUUUGUAAUCUACGUGUCAUUUGCUUUACUAAUUCUCAAAAGGAUUGAAUUUACAAUGAAAAUAUUGUGGUUUUGGUAAUAGAGUAAUUUUCAUUGCACUGCAAAACAUUUAGACRUAGGGUGCUUUCCAUUUAGGCAGAACUGGCCRGCCAGUCCACUCUAUUUAGAGGUAUAUAAUGCUUUUUGUCAACAUUUUUCAGUCAUUUUGAGGUUUUCUAUAGAAUAAUGGAUAGAAUUUGAAAAUKUGAAUUUCCUAACUAAAUAGGAAUGAUAUAUAAUGACAUUUUSUCUGGGUCUGGCCAGCCAGUUCUGACAAAUGGAAAGCACACGUAGAAAAAGGUGUAAUUAAGGCUAAAAGCUAAUAAUUCUAAACAAAAAGGAACUGUACAUAUUUUUUUCGCUACAUAAAAAUGUAAUUUUUUUUACUAUUCUACACUUUGUUAUUUUUUUUGGUCUAUGCCAGUUCUUUUUGCAAAAAGCCAUUUGUAAUAAUCAGCAAACAGAAGUACAUUUGAGUAGCAAACUGGAGCUGCUUGUGGAACCAGUCUAAUCUAAAAAAGUUGUCAUUGUUGUUUUUAACUAUAUGUCGUGUAAUUGUGGAAUAUAAAACAUGCUUUGAAUUUUUAUAGAACUGUCUUUUGCACAAAACUGUCGCAAUAAAAUAGAAAAAUAUU